GUAACAAUAGAACAAGCACAUGACUUGAAAACCUAACCAUAAAUGAUAACUUUUUGCUCUGUGUUUAUAAAGUGUGAGAAUAACAAAGAAAGUUUUCAAUUUAUUUAAGUGCGAUCAGCUAUUUUUAUAAUUACUAUCAAAAGAUGGGCACGUAUCUGUUCCAUAUACCAAGGUACGAAAAAUGGAUUAAUUAGUUCUUAUGAAAAAAUAUGUGACUGGUUUGAGUGAAAACAUUGACAAGGUGCAAAACUAAGUAUUGACUUUUGAGUAAUCAAUUAUUGGUGGAGUAAUGAUUAUCAAAUUAGAAAAAGUUAUUAGCUACUCUUCAGAGCACUCGUCAUAUCCAGCAUCUAAUUUAUUGGAGUAUCGACCCAACAGCUCAUGGAGAUGUGCAAAACCUGGAGAGCUGCUUGCAACGGUUAUUUUUCAAUUAGCAGAACCAUCACGUAUAACUGGGUUAGACAUUGGCAACUAUCGUUCGUGCAUCGUUGUUGUCGAUGCAUCUACGUCAGCAGACCCAGAUAACUGGCUUCCAAUUGUUAAUCACCAAUUUCUUACGCACGAUGAGGCAGCCCGAGGCAAUUUCAGAGACCAAGUGCAACUAUUUACAAAGAAAGAGUUAAAUCCUACCACGUUGCAAAUGAAAUUUGAUAGAGUUAAAGUAACAUGCAUGCAAUCUGCAAACCGAAAAGAACUCUUUGGGCUAUUAUUUAUAAUUCUACGAACUGAAGUUUCAGUAGAUUUAGGAUUAGAUGUGUUCGGAAGGUUUAAGGUAAAAGAUGAUAACACUUCUUCUAAUGUGGAUGAAUUUAAACAGAAAUAUUUUAAACAAUUUGAGGCCAAACACAGUAAUUAUAAAGAUGAAUUGUUAGCAAAAAUUAAAGAAACUGGAGAGAAGAACUUUAUUAAACGUCAGGAGGAAGGACGAACUCCAGCGAAGAGGCCAUUGCUUGAAAAAUUAGAAGCUGGGAAAGCAGAUGAAGUGUUUGGCAAACCAAAGAAUAUAUUUGAUGAACCCAAGAAAAAAUUGUCUUUGUCAGAAGCAAUUUUAGGUUCUGAUGCUAAGAAUACUAUAAAUACUACUCCUGUACAAAGGACUCCAUUUGGAGACAUUCUACCUUCUUCAAAAGUCAAGCCAACAAUUUCAACUCAGAAAAAUGGAAAUGAUGCUUCAAAUGUGAAUCUUAACAAACGUUUAAGCCCACAAAAUGGAGAUAAUGAAGCAGAGGCUAUCCAGAAGAAACUUAAAUGUUCCUUGUGCCAAAAGGAUUCACCCGAUUGUCUAUGUCAAAAUUGUAAUCGCUUGCCACCACAGAAACCUGUACAGUCUUCUCCCAAAAAAGUUGUUAAAAGAAAGCCUAUGAAACAUAAGAAAGCGUUUGAUAAAUUGUUCGAAGGAAUAAGCUUUGCUUUAAGUGGAUACGUUAAUCCACAAAGAGAUAAAAUUAGGAAGAAAGCUUUAAAAAUGGGUGCCAAAUAUAUUGCAAAUCCUGACACCAGAAACAACAAAUGUACUCACUUGAUAUGUGCUUUCAAAAAUACUCCAAAGUCUCAGCAAUUAAAGGGUUUUGCAAAGAUGGUUACUCAUAAAUUUAUUGAAGAUUGUUUUGACAAAAAAAAGCGUUUUCCGUGGAGGAGAUAUGCACUUAACAAAGAAGAUCAGACUGGGCGAGAAAGCGAGGAAGAAAUUGAAGCUACAACAUCCCCUGCUAGAUCUCCCAACCCUUACGAACAAGACACGGACGAAUCUGAUAAUUAAUUUUAGUACAUCGUUUAUUUCUCCUGUGAUCUCUUAUACUCUUCUAUGACUUGGUCCUUACAAAAUGUUCUGUAUGUUUAAUACAUUUUUUAUUUAUAAUUGCUCUUUAAUAGUCUGUUGACAAAAAAGUGACACUAUACGGUUUAUAAAUUAGCUGAUCCUCAUAGAUCGUUAGCAAUAACUACAAAUGUAUAUAAAUUCAUUUUUUUUUUUUACAAAUAGAGCAUUCUAUUUUUUGACACUCUA